CUAAGCUCUUACCUAAAUUCCUUGUAAAAGCAGGAACAGAUAUAUCUGCCAUAAUCACUUUCUCCUACUUGAUCAUACCUGAGUGUGAUAGCAGACUCCAAGGCAGCAGUGGGAAAGGAAAUUGUAAUGAAAGGAAAUAAUAAUGUAAGCAUAAUUAUUAACCAUUGUCUUCAUCUCUCAAAUGCAGAUUAAUGGUGCUGGAAGGCUAGAACAUCCUUCUGGAGCAGUUUAUGAAGGGGAAUUCAGCAUGUUUCACUGGGCUGCAGCCUGCAAAUUUCCAAAUGGAUCAAAGUACCUUGGACUGUUCAAUGAAAACGUUUGAAAUGGAAGAGUUGUGCAAACUUUUCUAUUAGUUUUGAUUUUAUAAGCUGUAAUGUCCAAAUAAAAUUCACCCCAGAUGGGAGCAGGUUUCUUUUGCUACCAGUGAAACUUGCACUGGGUACCUGAGAUUGCUUAUCCCAGUUGUGUCCAUUUCAUGAGAUCAGUCCAAACUAUGUAUUUCAUUCCCAGUCACAAGUUUUCAAGUUGGCUAUUUCACCCACCCACUUUUCGUUACCAGGUCUCUGGGCUCAGGCAGAGUUCAAAGAAAUAGAAUAGUUCAGACCUCUUUCAGAGCUGUUGUUUCAAGCUGUUUGCAUUGUCUGCUUGUUAAAUUUGCUAGGUUUAAGUUUCAUUUUUCUUUAAGUACUUCCGCCAAUCCAGUACCUGAAAUAAAUCUAAAAUGCGUAUUUGUUAAUAUUUGGCCUUUCCUCAAU